AUGAGCAAGACUGAUACCCGGGCUGAAGCUGCUCUUCGGCUAGCAACAGUCGCAGCUGUAGGUCAAGCACCCCAUCUCUCUGUUGCCGGAGGUUCCAUGGCCAACUCCUUACGAUCGCAAUCCCGUCAUGCUUCAACAGAUGCUUCCGCCUCAUAUUGGGGAAGCGCUGCUGUCGCUGCAGUGGCUGCCGCUGCUUCUCUUGGACAGAAGCAGCAUCAGCAUCAACAAGAGUUGGCACAACAAUUCCACCCUGUUGCAUCACAUCUGGACUCAACUCGUCAAGCCUUCAUUAAUUCUUAUAGUCAGCAGAGUAUUAGCGUAACUGGUCCUUUAGGAGUGGAGGAAAGGUGUCAGGAACGCCAUCCCAGAGAACAUGCUUACAUGCGAAUGCAUCCACACAAUCACUCCUCGCAGCAAUUGAUUAACGAAAAGCCUUCGCAUAUUUUAGCUCGGCGUGAUAGUAGCGAGGAUGUCGUCUGUACUCAACGG